CCCCACCACCACUACCACCACCUCAUCCUCGUUUCCCCAAAUCCAAAAACACUUCUCAAAAACCAAAAAAAGAAAAAAAAAACACAAAGAAAACAAAAACAAAAAAAGAAGGAAAAAAUAAAAAUAAAAACUUCAGCUUUUUUCCUCUUUCUCUAUCCAUAAGGAAAGGAACGACAAAUACUAUUUAGGAUAUCUCACCCCAUAUGCAUACUCUUUCUCUCUCUCUCUCUCUCUCUCUCUCUCUAUAUCUCUUUCUCUCUCACAUUUAAUGUUUUUCUGAGUUUCCUCGUUGCCGUUUUUAUGUCUUUUACUGCUGAUUUUUAAUUUUACAAAAAAUAAAAAAUAAAAAAAAAUAAAACCCUCUUCAUCGUCUCGUUUCCACCGCCAUUUUUUUUUCUUUUUUAAUUAUCAAUUUUUUUUGUUUAUUCGUUUUUUGGUCAAUUCCAAUUACUUUCUCUGAGAGAGUAGCUCAGAUGCCAAUGCCCCAUUGCUAAAGGACAAUUAUCACUUCAAAACCCACAUACAUUUCAUGGCAGCAACCACAACAACAACUACUACAACUACUUCUCACUUCAAAGUCCAAACCCAACCCACCAAGCCCAAACGCCGCAAGUGCCGUGAAACCACCAUUUCCACCUCCGCCGCCGCAGCCGCCACACCCAAUUAUCGCAGAGUUCUUGAAAACCCCACCAUUGUUUCGCCGGACAACUCUUGGUGUUGCCCUGCUUCCAAGCACAUUCCCACUCCUCCUCCUCCACCUCCUUCUCCACCUGCUCAGCCCAAAAGGAACGGUGGGCUGUCGUAUCACAGUCAAGAAUCUGAUCCUGUGCCCACUAACCCAUCUUCUUCUUCUCCGGCUUCUUCGCCGUCUUCAUCUUUCCGGAUUCGUUUCUCGCCGGGGAGUCUUUCUCCGGUGAUGGAUUUCAUACCCACUUCGGCUUCUAAUGGUACGGCAACCGCAACGGCAACGGCAACGACAACAGCUAAUGGUACGGUGGUGGCGACUAAUGGGUAUUCGGGUCAUCAUCACGAUUCGUUCCCUUCGAGCUUCAGCAAGUUCAAUUCGGUGCUCACCGCUGGGCUUCUGAACCCAAUGUCGCCGCCUCCUCCGCCUGAUAAGACCCGAUCGAGCCCGACUCUUUUCGAGAUGAUGGCCAAUGAGCCCGAUAUCCAUCCCAGGACUCAGAUCCAAUCCAACAAUGUCGCCGUCGCUGCUUCGCAGAAGCUUCAGAUGGUUUCGGCUCAGGACAGGCAGGCAUUGAUGAUGCAGAGGAUUGCCGACGCUUUGGGUUCUCGUAGUCCCGGAAACCAGUUCAACGACCCGUCGUCCGGUGACAUUAAGCUUACGUUGAGUUCGAGAGAUGGUUUUAGUAUUUCCAUGAAUGUUCACCGUCAGAUUCUGGUCGCUCACAGUCGUUUCUUCGCUGUGAAGCUGUCCGAUAGGUGGACCAAGCAGCAGAGAACGACGUCGCCUUCUCCUUACUCUGUGGAAAUUGCUGAUUGUGAUGAUGUUGAGAUUUAUAUAGAGACCUUGCGGUUGAUGUAUUGCAAAGAUCUGAGGAAGAAGCUUAUGAAGGAGGAUGUUCCUAGAGUUCUUGGGAUUUUGAAGGUUUCUGCUGCAAUUGGGUUCGAUGCUGGUGUUUUGUCUUGUUUGGAGUACUUAGAAGCUGCUCCAUGGGCUGAGGACGAAGAAGAGAAGGUGGCCUCGCUUUUGUCCGAGCUUCACCUUGAAGGUGUUGGAGCAGGGGAGGUUCUGAAGAGGGUCUCAAUUGAAGUUAAUAAUGGAACUGAAGAAGGAAAUGAUAAUGAAGAAGUUCUUCUCAAACUUUUACAUGUAGUUCUUGAAGGCAAAGAUGAGAAAGCUAGGAGGGAUAUGAAAGGUUUGGUGUUGAAGAUGCUUCGUGAGAAUUCGUCUCAUAAUGAUCUUCGCAAAGAGUCAUUGUACUCGGCUUGUGACGGGUGUUUGCAAUUGCUUCACCACCAUUUUUUGCGGGCAGCAGAGUCGGAUUUGCAAAAUGUGGGUCAGAUUGCUAGGCAAGCUGAUAAUAUGCAUUGGAUGUUGGAUAUUUUGAUUGAUAGACAGAUUGCUGAGGAUUUCUUGAAAACAUGGGCAUCUCAAACCGAAAUGUCUGCUGCACAUUCUAAAGUGCCUGCAGUUCAUAGGUAUGAGGUUAGCAGAGUUACAGCACGCUUAUUUGUCGGUAUUGGGAAGGGGCAGCUAUUAGCUUCCAAGGAUGUGAGAUUUUUGCUUUUACGUACAUGGUUGGUGCCAUUUUAUGACGAUUUUGCGUGGAUGAGGAGAGCAUCGAGGGGACUUGACAGACAUUUGAUUGAGGAUGGUCUUAGCAACACAAUUCUUACUCUGCCGCUAGCUUGGCAACAGGAAAUAUUGCUUGCUUGGUUUAAUCGAUUCAUGAACUCCAGUGAAGAUUGCCCAAAUAUACAAAGAGGUUUUGAAGUAUGGUGGAGGAGGGCCUUUUGGAGACGCGGUGGUGAGCAGGAAAGAACACGACCUUUACGAAUUACAACUGCAACCAUUGAGAACCCGUAGAGGAUGAUAUUUCAGGAUGCAGGAGAAAGGUGCUCUUGUAUGUCUGCGUUCCUUUUCCUUCUUCUGAUCAAUAUGGCCCGGUCUUCUUUAUUUGAUUUUUUUUUUUUUUUUUGGUUGAUUUUUUAGUUCUUAAACCAACACAAGCUGUUUGUAAGGGAGAAGUUGACUUUUAAUUGGUGUAUAGUGUGUUUAGUUUAAUUCUAUGUACUAAUGUUUAGUCUGGAAGGAAGAUGAAUAAUAUUGAGGUGCAACUUUCAAAUUUUGUUGUUAGUAAACUCAGAAGCAGCUUCUUGUCAAUUUGGUCCUCUAAAUGUCACUUAUUUUAUUUUAUUUUAUUUUUUUUACUCCAUCAUAUUAUAAUUUAAUUUUUUGAUUUCAUUAGGAAGGUCUUCGAGAGUCUCUUAAAUAACAAUAAUCCUGCUUCAUCUGAGAAAAAAAAUGCUUUUGUCUUGUUGGGUGUGUGGAAAUGGAUUCAAGACCAAGAUAAAGGAAUAUCUGAAAGUGAAGAUCAAAGAUGAUGGACGAUCUAUCAUUGUUAGUAGAUCAUGACCCAACUCGAAUUGGUUUAGCUAUUGAAAUUAUGCAAGCCCUCUAGCCUGAUAUGUAUGAUUUGUUUGUAAAGCAUCCUAUACUGUGCUGACAGACAUAGCAUGAAGAGUGUGAUUUUGCAAUGUAAUUCUAUAUAUGCAUAUACAUGUUGAACUUUGUAUUCUAGAGAAUAAUUUCCAUUCGGGUUUUCUCUGUGGGAAUAGAAUUUGCUCCGUUUUUGAGA